AAACCUUUACAGGCUUCUUCUAUCGGUUUGCGAAUAAAUCUACGAUACCUGGUUUAAGUAAGCUGGCAGAUCGUGAAAGCUACAAAUAUCAAAGGUAAGGAACUCUUUUGAAACUCUUGGCUAAUUUGUGAAAAUUUUCCUGUUUUCAGGUUCACUUGGUUUCUUGUACUUUCGCUGGCUUUCUUCGGAACGGUGCACGUAUGCCUGCAUCUUAAGGAUCGCUUUUAUGCUGCCAAAUAUGGAGACUGUUAUUAAUAGUACUCGAUAUCCAGUAUAUCAAAUAACUUUUCCUGUGGUAUCCAUUUGCAAUCGCAACCAAUUGAAUUGGCAACGAUUAGAAGCAGCCAAAAGCAUGUUUUUACCACAAAAAAAUAAUACCGAAAUAUCAGAACUCUUUGAACUGAUUAUUACUGCUUACAACACCUUCCAAUUUGAUCAAAUCCAAGUGUUUCAAAUUUUUGAAAAUCGACCAAUACAUGCUUUAACUCAUAUUAACUUUUCAUUAGUUUAUGAAUACAUGAGCUGGUCUUGCGAGGAGCUCUUAACGGAAUGCAAAUGGCGUAACAAUGAUAUUAACUGCUGCGAUUACUUUUUCCAGCGACGUAGUCAAAUUGGUUGUUGAUGGAGCUUUAACACUUUUGAAACGGAGGCGGCCAGAGAGAGACAAUUGAAAGAUCCCAACUGGCCUUUGCGUACGGGAAAUUCUGGCAUGAAAAGUGGCUUAAAGUUGAUAAAUCCAGAAAACAUUUAUCCAGGAAAUGGAAAACCUAAAGGAAUUAAGACUUUACCCGGUGAAGUGUAUAUGAUAGAAAGGUGUAUAUCGCAGUGCAAUCAGGAAUAUUUACUAAAAUACGGUGAAUGCACCGUAGACAUAUUCUUCCCUACAGGUUAA